UGCUCGGAGCUGUCUGCUCCAGCUCUACUACACCUGGCAGUAGCAGUAAGGAGUGAGUGCAGUGCUGGUCUGCUCCUGCCUUCCUCCCAUGUAUGACUGCUAUCAGUGCUGCGUCAGGAGUGACUCCCAGCUCGCAGGCACUUUGGAGAAACUUACUGCUCCCCCUCCCUGCGCUGACCGCGCUGCCGGUCUCCUAGUCUCCGGCUGACCGCACACUGCCGCUCCGUGCCGCCUCCGGGGAUGGGGACAGCACCCGACACCUGCGGCCGCCCAGCGUCGCAUCCCCGGGAAUGAAAGCGAUCAUCGCCCCGCAGACAGACUCGCUCCUCACCUCUGAACUGCAGGAUCAAGUUCAGCUCUGGUUACCUGCAUUGGGACAAGAAGGAGAAGAGGAGGAAGAAGAAGGGGGAGGAGAGUAAGGGGAGGGGAGAGACUCUGCAAUAUCAUUUGUGAAUCGUUCACAGGGCUGCAGAUACAUAUUGCUAACACAUGCAGAGCAAAUGCAGGUAGCCCAGCACCAACUGCGGCUCCACCACUAACUCCACCAUCUGCACCAGCUUCCAUCCGAGAACUUUGCCGGAUCACAUCGGGAUUUUACUGCCAGGAUUUCUGCUUGUGUUGUUCCUGACAUCAUUCCUUCAUUCAAGCAUCCAGCCUAUGGUGGAAUACUACAAAACUGUGCUGGGGUCUGGAGCAGGAGGCACCAGCUGAGAUCUUCCAGGUUCCUCCUCACCAGCUUCUCCCAUUGAAAGUGCCCUGGACUGGAGGAGCAGAGCGCUAUGAGAGGGUAACUCUGUGCCGGGGACAAGUCGGCUUGGUGGGAUCUCAGCAGCUUUGGCAGACCAGCAGCUCUGGAGACAUGAGGACUGUGUGGGGCUGCUGCCUGUUCUUGCUCAGGGUUGCUCUCACCCUGGCAGCCUCCAAGCAGCUGUUAAAGUACCGGCUGGCGGAGGAAGGACAGCCAGACAUCAGGAUCGGGAAUGUGGCUUCAGACAUCGGCAUUGUCACCGGCUCCGGGGAGGUGACCUUCAGCCUGGAAUCCGGCUCCGACUACUUCAAGAUCGACAACAUGACCGGGGAGCUGAGCACCACCGAGCGCCGGAUAGACCGGGAGAAGCUGCCGCAGUGCCAGAUGAUCUUCGAUGAGAACGAGUGCUUCAUAGACUUCGAGGUGUCGGUGAUCGGACCUUCUCAGAGCUGGGUGGAGUUGUUUGAGGGUCGGGUGGUCAUCCUGGACAUUAACGAUAACACGCCGACCUUCCCUUCCCCGGUGCUCACCCUGACCGUGGAGGAGAACCGGCCGGUGGGGACCCUCUACCUGCUGCCCACCGCCACCGACAGGGACUUUGGCCGCAAUGGGAUCGAGCGCUAUGAGUUGAUCCAGGACGCCGGGGAGAGUUUGUUCGUGUCCGGCAGACGAUCUGGUGGCCGGCUGGAGACUGGGGAGAGCGCCCUCUACCCGGGGAAAAGACGGAUGGAGACGGACAGCAGGAGCAGCGUGUUCGAACUGCAGGUAGCGGACACGUCUGAUGGGGAGAAGCAGCCUCAGCUGAUCGUCAAGGGGGCUCUGGACCGGGAACAGAGGGACUCCUACGAGCUGACCCUGCGGGUGAGGGACGGGGGAGAGCAGCCGCGGUCCUCACAGUCCAUCCUCAGGGUCCUCAUCACCGAUGUCAACGACAACAGCCCCCGCUUUGAGAAAAGCGUGUACGAAGCGGACCUAGCGGAGAACAGCGCGCCUGGCACCCCCAUCCUGCAGCUGAAAGCCACCGACUACGACGUGGGGGUGAACGGGCAGAUCGAGUACGUCUUCGGUGCGGCCACAGAGUCCGUCAGGAGGCUCCUCAGGCUGGACGAGAACUCGGGCUGGCUGAGCGUCCUGCAUAGGAUAGACCGGGAGGAGGUGAACCAGCUGAGGUUCACAGUCAUGGCCCGAGACCGGGGACAGCCCCCCAAAAGUGACAAGGCCACCGUGGUCCUCAACAUCAAGGAUGAGAACGACAACGUGCCCCUGAUAGACAUCAGGAAGAUCGGUCGCAUCCCAGUCAAGGAUGGCAUGGCUAGUGUGGCUGAAGACGUCCUGGUGGACACCCCCAUAGCUCUAGUCCAGGUGUCUGAUAGGGACCAAGGGGAAAAUGGAGUAGUGACCUGCACUGUGGUGGGAGAUGUCCCCUUCCAGCUCAAGCCAGCCAGUGACAGUGAGGGGGACCAGAACAAGAAGAAGUAUUUCUUGCACACUUCUGCCCCCUUGGACUAUGAGAACAUCAAGGAGUACAAUGUCAUUAUAGUGGCUGUGGACUCUGGGAGCCCCAGUUUGUCCAGUAAUAACUCCCUGCUGGUCAAAGUGGUGGACACUAAUGACAACCCACCGGUGUUCGGCCAACCUGUAGUGGAGGUAGCCUUCCCUGAGAACAAUGUGCCCGGGGAGAGGGUGGCCACUGUCCUGGCCACAGAUGCAGAUAGUGGUAAGAAUGCAGAGAUUGCCUAUUCUUUGGAGCAGUCUGUGGCCGGGGUCUUCUCCAUCCACCCAGACACAGGAGAUAUCACAGCCAAUAUAGUCCUGGACAGGGAGCAGAUGGACAGGUAUGAGUUUAAAGUUGUUGCCAAAGACAAGGGUCUGCCCGCCACUAUGCAGGGCACUGCCACCGUUGUAGUGCAGGUAGCUGACAGGAAUGACAAUGACCCAAAAUUUAUGCAGGAUGUCUUUAAUUUCUAUGUCAAGGAAAACUUACAACCCAACAGCCCAGUUGGGAUGGUGACAGUGAUGGAUGCUGACAAAGGUCGCAAUGCAGAGAUGAGUUUAUUCAUAGAGGAAGAUAAUGGCAUCUUUUCUAUCGAGAACAACACUGGGACCAUCUGUUCCACAAUCUCAUUUGAUAUGGAGCAACAAACCUCAUACACCUUCAAAGUCAAAGCACUGGAUGGCGGGGACCCUCCUAGGUCUGCUACUGCCACAGUGUCACUCUUUGUGAUGGAUGAGAAUGACAAUGCCCCCAUCAUCAACAGUCCCAUCAAUAGUUCUUAUGCAGUUGUCUCCCCGUCCAGCGGUGUCAGGACAGUGGUUUCCACUGUGGUGGCCACUGACACAGACUCAGGUGUCAACGCAGAUCUGAAUUAUAGCAUUGUUGGAGGAAACCCCUUUAAACUCUUUGAAAUCAACCCAGCCAGUGGAGUGAUAUCCCUGGUGGGCAAGCUGGCCUCAAAACACUAUGGUCUACACAGGUUAGUGGUCCAGGUGAAUGACAGUGGUCAACCAUCCCAGUCCACCACUGCUUUAGUCCAUGUGUUCAUCAAUGAGACUGUCUCCAAUGCCUCAGUUGUUGAUUCCCAAAUUGCCAGAAGUUUGCACAUCCCAUUAAGCCAGGAUAUAGCCGGUGAUCCCAGCUAUGAAAUGAGCAAGCAGAGACUUAGCAUAGUGAUUGGUGUGGUGGCUGGGAUCAUGACCGUCAUACUGAUCAUUCUAGUGGUGGUCAUGGCACGUUAUUGUAGGGCCAAAAGUAAAAACGGCUAUGAAGCUGGCAAGAAAGACCACGAGGACUUCUUCACGCCUCAACAGCAUGACAAGUCUAAGAAACCCAAAAAAGACAAGAAAAACAAAAAAACAAAACAGCCAUUGUAUAGCAGCAUAGUGACAGUGGAAGCUUCAAAGCCAAACGGGCAGAGAUAUGACAGUGUCAACGAGAAGCUGUCAGACAGCCCCAGCAUGGGGAGAUACAGAACUGUAAAUGGAGGUCCUGGUAGUCCUGACCUAGCAAGGCAUUACAAAUCUAGUUCUCCACUUCCUACUGUGCAGCUUCAUCCUCAGUCACCUACUGCUGGGAAAAAACACCAGGCUGUGCAAGAUUUACCACCGGCCAACACUUUUGUGGGAGCUGGAGACAACAUCUCAAUUGGAUCAGACCAUUGUUCUGAGUACAGUUGUCAGACCAAUAGCAAGUACAGCAAACAGUCACAUUUUUUGUUUUGAUUUCAUCAUGUGGGCCUUAUCACCUGGAUCAAGUGCAAAAAUUGGUCACUGCACACUCCUCCUGUGAACCUCAGCUGCGAUCUUGAAAAAUAUCUGUCAUAAAGAGCUAGAAAAUGUGAUUGUGGGACAAUUUUGCAUAGAGUCGCUCUAAUAAGUGUGUAUAGAGCGACUCUGCUGGCUAAAAAUUAUGAAAGAAGCUUCAAGUGACGCGCAUCGGAAACACUGGAGAGCCUUGAAAACCAUUUAUAUAUACAUUUAAAGACAUGUAAACUGCUCUUAAAGUAUUAAGUUCAUACUUGCCUUAUUACAAAAAUGAAUUUCACAAAGCAAGACUGUGGAAUACCUAAGGAAUCCAUCGUUUGGUUAAAGUAUGCAUUCAAAAAAAAGGUAUGCUGUAUGUAUAAAUGGUUCUAUUGACCGUUCACUCUUUUUUUUUUUUUUCUUCCCCUGAAUGCUUAUAACUUUUUGUGAUAUCUGAAAUGUACAAUGUUACAAAUGAUUUGUUAAUUGUCAUGUACUUUCCAUGCAACCGUUGGCUAAACCAGGAAACGACGAGGACUUAAGAAGGAGCAUUUUUAUUUUCUUAUAAAAUAAACCAAUAAAAUAUAUUUAUUAUAUAAAGAUGAAUAUUUAUUAUAGAUAUAUAAGAAGAAAAAAAAGAAAAAAAAAAUCUGAGCUUUAAUUUAAAGCUUGAAACUAAUGGUGUUGCUGAAAAUAAAUAAAUGCAUGUCUACACUCCAAACAGAAUUUUUUCAAUUUUUUGUAUUUUUUUUAAAAUAAUAGCAACUUUUUGCUUGGCUUAAACAAGUGAAUGCACUACCGAUAGUCACAUGAUGUAUGAUUAGCUAGAUCAUAUCGGAUAUACCACGGGCAGUCAGUUUGAGCUUUCUUUAUUUUACUUUUUGCUAAGAAUGGUACAGGAGGGGUUGGUGGUCAGUUUUAUAUAGGUUCAAUAUGGUUGGGUGUUACCCAUCUAUAAGUAUUUAUUUUCUGGCAAGAGGAAAAUGUGAAUGUUUAAGUUUUCUUUGAAAUUAAAUGGGUAGCCCAGAAGUGGAUUUUUUCAAUCAGAAUGAGGACCAUACUUGCCCAUAGCAUGUAACUGGUAUUAGACCUCAGGUCCAUUCAUUUGAGUGGAGAUCAGCUGGAUUACAAAAUGUAGCCCAUGAGUUGUGCUCUUUCAGGACCUUUUUUCCAUUCCUGGACAACAACUAGCGCAAUCGCACUAACUAAAUGAGCACGUGAAGAAGUGAGAGUCACACCUUCCUAACUUUAUAGAAAUGGAGCACAGGAAGGAAGGAAAUAAUUCCAUAUCAUAGAUCAUAUAUUAGAAUUUACUAGCCCAGUACAAAGCUUUUACAAGAACAGACUUGGAAUUUCCUCCAAAUAUUCCGUAUGCAUUUCUAAUGCUAAUUGGCCAUGCAGACAAAUGUGUAAGAACAUUUGGCGCGGAGAGUCUGAAAUACUAAGUUAGAGAUGUUGAGUUCAGAGCUUUCUACAGUCUAUAGAAGAUGUCAGAACAAUUCUGCCUUUGUUUUGCAGUAAACAAUCUCAUUUGCAUAUUCCACAUUUCCCGUUUGUGAAUACAAUCUCAUCUUCAGAAUUAGUCAUGGAAGUCUGGUUAAUAUGUACCUGCAAAAUUAUGUAGUGCCUCACAUAUGAAAACCAGUAGGCACUUCUUUCAUUGACUUGGUCCAGCCAUGUGCAUUAAAUAGCUGUUUGCUGCUCCUGGGUUUGGCCAACAGCUAUCAUUCCUGACACCCCUCCCAUCCCCCAAUAAAAUGAAUUAUGCUAUAAAGUGUGCUUUUAUGUCAAUAGGGAGAGGGAACAAAUUGCUUCCGGCGGUGGCUUAAUAAGUAUGAUCAACCAUAUUAAACCAUAUUGCAUAUUGCCUGGUAGAGUUAGUUAUGCUUAUUAAAAUGAUACCCUGCUUAUGCUUCUAGGUAGAAGAACUCCUGACAUUUUCAUUAUUGUGCUAAUUAGCUAUUUGGAGCAUCAAGGGGCUGGUCAGAAGGAUUGGAGCACUGCUAUCCUAACACCCAUCUCCUCGGUGCACACCUUCCUUCCCUCUGUGCUCUCUGCCUUCCACUGUGAUUGACGUGGUUAGACAUCUCAUUUAGCCCUGUAUUACUGCUCCUGCGCCAAGUGACUGGGCGGUUGAGCCCUGUAUCUGAUGCCGCUUCCCAAGCUCGGGAGCGGCUCGUGCAGGAGUGAGAAUACAGGGCUAGAUAAGAUGUCUAGCCCUGUCAAAGGGGGUGGGGGGAGUGCAUAGAGAGAAGUGAAGACUGCACAGAGGAGAUCAAUAUUAGGAUAACAGUGCUCCAAGUCUUCUGGACAGUCCGUUGUUGCUCUGAAGAUAAUGCUCAUAUCUCAGGAUUGCUGCAACCUAGAAACAUACUGUAAGUAAAGUAUUGUUUUGUUCAGCAGUAUCAACCCUAUCAAGCAAUAUGCCAAGCUUAAUAUGGUUGAUCAGGCUGACACAUGCUCCUUAACUCCUAGAAGCACAAAUGAUCCAGGGUGCUGUGAUGGAUCCUUUCACCCAUAGUUAGUCGUCGGAUCCAAAAAUGGCAAAAAUUGGCAGGUCCAGCCACCUAUAAUCUAGUAUGUAUUCUCAGCUUUAUCUAAUACAAUGAAAGCUAGCAUCUGUUUGUUUGCAUUGGACAACACCUCCCAAAAAUAGUGUUAAGGUGCCAUACACAUUAGAUGAGUGUAAGCCAAACCUGAUGAUUUCGGCAGGACCGUCCUACUAUCUAAUGUGUUUGGUAGUGACCUAGUAUAAGGGCCAGAUAUGUUGGAUUUCAACAUGUCCAAAUCUAUGUUCUUAAGGGAGAUAAGUGAUGGCUACAAGUAUCUGAAAGCAACUGAUUCCCCUCUCCCUAUUGUGAAUUCAUGCACACUCAACUGACCUGCUGGCGCAUGUCAAUAGUGGGGUCAGGAGGCAUAACUGUGGGCUGAAGAAGCAUUCAGCCAGCCGCUAGCUAAAGUGUGUGGCCAGACUUAUUCUGAGACCAAACACUUAAUUUCUUUAAAAGUGCACUAAAGUGUAUCAGUGGUAUAAAGGCUACACUAAAAGGGUUUUCCUGGAUUUUUAUACUGAUCAGUGGGGGUCGGACACUUGGGACCCCUGCGGAUCAGCUGUUUGAGAAAGCAGUGACACCCCUGUGCAGCUUACCAAGUACUGCUCCGUAUAUAGUAUAGUGGCUAUGCUUGGUAUCACAGCUUCAGCCCCAUUCAAUUGAAUAGGGCUUAGCUGCUCCGGGGCCACAUUACACAUGAACGACAUAUGGCGUCACUCAGCCUAGGAAAAGCAGAGAGUAGGCCUCAGCGCUCACAGGAGAGCCACUGCCUUCUCAAACAGCUGAUCGUGGGGGUCCUGGGUGUCAGACCCCCACCAAUCAGAUACUGAUGACCUGUCCUGAGGAUUGGUCAUCAGUAAAAAUAAAUCUCGGAAAACCCUUUCAAUAAUCUGCGAACUGUGCAAUCACUGGGGCAAAUAAUCAUGUGUCCUAAAAUAUUUGAGAAUGUAUAUUUUCUUAGUUUUAUACUAAUUACAAUGAUUUUAUUAAAUGGCACAAUGUGGUGCAAAUGAAUUUCAAAUUGCUCAAAUUUACAAAAAUACUAAAAACUUUCCAAAAACCAUAUUGCAGAAUUGUGUAGUGUUGUACUGCGCUUGUACUCUACUAGAAACAUGGUGUAACUAUGGUUACUACACCUCUAUCAGUAGUUACCAAGAGAUAUUACAGAUCAUUAGAGAUGGGCAAAUUUUCAAAUUUGAUUCCGGUCCAAAUUGGGUUUCUAAUUUGCUUGUGGUCCAAAUAAAUUUGAACCCGAUCAAGGUGCUUCAAUAACCCUGAAAAAGCCUCUCUCUCGCUUUCUCUCUUUAUCUCUCUCUCUCUCUCUCCCUUUCUUUCUCGAUUCUCCCGAAUUGAAUCACACAACAUACAACAAAUUUGUUACAAUGAGAACCUUUUUGGAAAGUUUGAUCAGAUUUUAGAAUUUUAGAAUUGUUCCUGUCAUCUCUACAGAUCAUGAUAUGAUAUAUGGUCAGGGGGAAGGUCCAGGGGCUGAAAAGAGCUGACUAUGUUCAACUUUCUCACAGAUCAUGGAUCAUGAGUAGAGAGCGCAUGUAGAAGAUCUUCCCAGGGGAUGUUUGCAUUUGCCACUUUACUGAAUCAUAGUCCAGUUGCCCUGGGACUGCUGUUUAGGAACACUUUUAUUUCAGAACAGGAUAAGUACCUCAAAGGGUUUACAUAUACCUGUUAUGUUGGACCAUAUUGGAAAUAUGAUUAAUAUCACCUUAUUGGCAUUGGAUAUAGGGCUAGCUUAUAUUCUACCUAUCAACAUCAACGAUUUACAUAUGAUGUUCCUAAUACACUAGGGAAGGAUAUGGUGGUCCUUUUCUAUCUCUUUCUCCCAGAUACAUACUUGUAAUAUUGGCUUCCUGUUGCUGCCAUUAGGCACAGAAUUUGUAUAAAGCUCCAAUUUAGAUCAGUAGGUAUAGUAAAGUACUAUAUGUGGCUUGUCCCUUGGCGGUGGUAACAGGCAGGCAAGUUUUUACAAGUAUCUGGGUGAAGAAAUAGGGGAACAGUGUUGAUUUCUAAUAAUACAGAGCUAUACUAUUGUCUUAGAAAGCAUGUUUGUCUUGGUCAUUUCUAAUGGCAUCCCUUACAAGAGCCAGCUGAGCAAGCAAUUAGUGGGAACGAAUUGUUAGUUUCUGAUAAUUGCCUGCUCAUUACAGGAGGUGAGAUUUUGUAUGUUACAUUUGUAUGCAGAAAUAAUCUCCUCUGUAUAGAGACGAGCAAUUGCUACUGUGAUUGCGUAUCCCUAUAAAAAAAAUCAUAAUUUCUGGGCACCAGAUCUUCCCAUUUAAACAGGGAUCUGCUGACCGGGAACAAUGAUUUUUUAUAGGAAUAAUGACUUUGGUGUUCGCAUCAAUGAUGCAUUCAGCUGAUGCUCGUUCAUUGGGUGAUCUGCGACACCUUUACACAGGGCAGUUAUCGGAAAUGAGCAUUCCUUGGAAGACUCCUUACUGAUACUUUCCCCGAUUGUGAGCCCAUGUAAAGGGUCCUUUAGAUGAGACAGCAAUGAUGCCUAUACCCAGCCUAAUUAUUUUCUUCAUUGGCUCCUGGUCUCAUUUUUCAAAAUUGUCUAAAACUAAUUUUAACAAUCUUUGCUGCCCACAUAUAGUAACCAAUCAGGUCUCAGAUUUCAUUUCUUAAAAAGCUCCAGUAAGAUUAAAACCACACUUGCCAACAUUUGAAAAACUGCUUACGGGAGAUUGAUGAGUGUGCCGGACUGCAAUUUUUUCCUGAUGAACAAGAUCCCUUUUGUGCCAAACAUCACCGCGCCCUGUGUAGAGUGUUUGACUCAUUUUGUGCAUCACUCCUUUGCACAACUCUCUGCCCCCCUCAUUGUACCUUGGGCACCAGGACUACAUCUAAUGAUGCAGAAUCCUGACUCCACAUAUGUUUACAGUACACAAGGGGAUGUUUUUUUUUUUUGUUUUUGUUUUUUAAGAAAGCAUUUAAUGAUGUGCUUAGAUUUGAUUACUCAUCCAGGAGGAUCCUCCUUAUUCUGGGAAAAUUCUGGAUGUUCCGAGAGAGUUUAGAAGUGAAAUUUAGAUUUCUCCUUGAUUGGUUGCACAGUGGCAACAAGGACCAUUUUUUUUGUCUGCACAGUUUUAAUCAAUCUACUCCUCUGGUCAAAGGCUGUUUAGAUGGCCCUUUGAGUAGAUGUUCUAAUGGCACCUGGUGGGCGGUCAAGAGCCUGGCUGCGGUUUGGCCAUAAACCUACUAUACUGCGCGACCAUUACCAAUAAGUAAAUGACUGACAAUCAGGAUUGUAUGGCCACUCAACAACAUCUUGUCUGCUCCCCGGCCACCAUGUCUGGUUCAACCCUUAGAUACACCCUGGGCCUAUCAUUGUUUUGUAUACUGUUACAGUAUACUGUAGAAGAAAAGGAAUUCUUCUUUCAUCAUUUCAAAUUUUAAAGCGAUUAUUCCCUGUAAGGAAAACAUGAAAGACCAAAAUUGUGAUAAAUGUUGUUCUUGACUGAGCUAUUACUCAUAUAAGUGCAACCCUCUGUGGAGUUAAUUCUGCUUUGAAGUGAAACUGAAAUAUCAGAACCAAUAUAGGCCUGAACUAAAAAGAAACUAAUUAUUGUUUUUACAGUAAUAUUUUAUUGUGUGCUGUAACAGCCUGUAACCAGCAGAUCUCAUAGGAGGUGAUUCAUUAAGCUGUGUUACCUGGUAAUGUUUCCUUUUGGGUCAUAACAAAAGGUAGGAAAGGGAAUUCAGUCUUUAUUUCAUGUAAGGAUUCCCCACAGCAUUGAAGUCCUUCCAUUCCAAAAGGAUUUUUUUGCAUCUUUUUAUUGUAAUUUUUAUUUAACUAGGCCAAAAAGGGAAAAGCAAACUGUAAGUGGUUGCAAACGUGCAAAAUAUGGGUUAUUCCCAUGCAAUCAGUAUAAGAUGUUAUUUAAUAUCAUGACCUUACUUUUGUUGGCUUGAGUGCUUUGAUUAUUUUUUUUUUAUUACAUCUAAAUAUUUUACAGGGCAAACAUUUAGCCUUUUUAUUUGUAAAAUGACUUUACGUAUUUAUGAGACAUCAUGCAAAACUUUUUAUUGUUACUGAAAAACAAACUGCUGUAAUUGCAAAUGCUGUGCACAUUUAAUAAAUAAAGUGAUUUUUUUAUUUAAACCAUA